GCUCUUUGCACUACCGUACGCUGCCAUUUUGCCUUUAUUAUUUCACUUCGUGCCGUGUUUGCGUUCACAACUCACUCGGUUCGGGUUCUGCAUUUUAUUUUAUUAUUAUUGUUUUUUUUUUAUUUUUCACUGCUUUGUGGAGUUUAUUUGUACAUUUGUAUAUAAAAUUGUUCGCGUUUUCAUUGACUUUAACUCAAUUAAAAAAAUAUUUAACAAUGAUGCGGAAAAUUUGCAAAUGAUGCGAGGGGGCUCUAAAAAAAAAGAGAAUUAAGUAAGUGUCGCCGUUGCCGUCGCUGCCAUUCGUCGUCGUUGUCGGUCAGCGAAGAAAAAUUAAAAAGCAAAUGCAAAAAGCAAGUCAAAAGUGAAGCGAAAAAGACAAUUAAUCAACAAAUGGGACCAAAUUACUGCAACUGCAACCUAAAUUGGAACGAACAUUUGCAGCAUAUUACAUUGGGUUGGACGGAGGAAACUUUGCCAAAAUAGGAGCGGUGACAUCGGCUUCCGCGUCCUCGUCCUCGUCUGCUUUCCCGUCACCAAUCCCAGACAGUGACGGUGACGCAAUGUCGGCACGCAAGCCGGGGACAGUUGCGGCCAAGUUGGAUAGCAGGACGACGCCACCACUGCUAUUGGCAUCCAUUUCAGCUAUCGACGGCAGCAGUGCCGAGGCUGAAUUGUCAGCAACAGAAGGAGGAGGCGAAGCGCCUGAUGCAACAAUCGUGAAAAUUGACAGCACGAUAACUACAAAUGUGACAUUAGCGAGAGCAGUAUCGCCCUCGAUAGAUAAGACAGAUGGUCAGACGGUGGUCGAGGAUCGGGUAUCGCCCUCAAUAGAUACUACACCGAAAACUCCAACACCGUCUGAUGGCACUUCAAAAGUUGUCCGCGUUACGCGUCACUCUUCCCCGCACCUUUUACUCAGCUCACCUGUCAGCUCAGCUGGUGCUGGGACUGGAUCUGGGAGUGGAAGUGGGGCCACUCGACGUAUGGGAAGCGCUUCUGCUGACGAUGGUGGCACCGAUGCUCAAAGCGAUGGAGAAGAACCGUCCUGCAGCAGCCUGAGGAAGACUGUGAGUGAAAGAGUUACACCAACUUCUGCUUCGACCAUACGCGGGCGAAAGUCCUUAAAAGAUUUUAAAGAAGCCAAAGAAGCCGUCAAGAUGCCGGAGGAAAUUGCGAUCAAAGAAGAGCCCAAGGAUGUGACUGAACUGGAAGUUAAUCAAAUGCCCGAAGAAAAAGACCACAAAGACACAAAAGACAAUGUCAAACCGGACAAGGAAAAGGAGCCCCAAGUGGCGGCGGCUAGUAUCUGUAAUCGGGUAACGCGCAAAACUCAUGCCCAAGAGAUGGCCAACAUAACGCGGGUGACGCGUAAUCGCCGACAAUCCUCAACUAUUGCUACGGAACCACAGCUGCCGGCACGCGGACGCCGGAAGAAAGCCGUGCCGGUCGAGUCUGUCGCCAAGCGAAAGCGUUCCGAGGACGACCCGGAGAUUAGCCUUAAAAACACAAAAGUGGAGGUAAAACCUUUAAUGGGCAGUGAGGAGGACGCUCGAGAUGCCACCGAGGAUGUGGAAUCUGUUGCGUCUCUAGCGGACGAUGUUGUGAAGGAGGCCCUCAACAUUAAGCAGGAGCCACACGACAGUGACGACACAUCCUCACCCGCCGUCACACCAACCCUAACUGGUUGCCGACGCGGGCGCGGCCGCCCACAGGGAAAACACCUACUGUCCUCAUCGCCGGCCACACGGGCCACUCGCCACAGCAAGGCCGGAUCACCUGUGCUGGUAGCUGUAGAGCCGGCACCGCCUAAGCGACGUCGCGUGGGUUCUACAAACCGAAGUAUACUGCCCACAAAGACUGCGUCCACAAGCUCACUGGCCACCUCCUCACACGGAGCUGGCGACGAAGACUCAAAAGACAGCAUGGCCUCGUCCAUGGACGACCUUCUAUUAGCUGCCUCAGAUAUAAAACAAGAAAAACUGACUCCAGAAUUUGACGAGAACUUGAUGUCGGAAAGCCUGGACUCUGCGAAAUUCCAACAAAUCAAUCAGACUGCAAAGCCAGUUGAUACCGAUCCAUCAACGUCCACCACCAUCGGAUCUAAUGGCCACCAGUGUGUUGAGCCACUCACGGUAGACACGGAAACGACUGCCAUCCGCAAAAAGUCCUUGUCACCUGAACCUGCCAAGCAGAGUGAUGAUUCCAAGGUCGAUGAGAGUGUCCUUGUCGCCUCCCUAAGCGAUUCCGAAAAGGCCCCCUCAUUAAGCCCUGAACUGAUCAGCGAAGGCGUCAGCGCCAUUAGCGUCAAGAAGUUUUAUAAGAAACCGGAAUUUCUGGCCAAUAAUCUUGGCAUUGAAAAGGAUCCCGAAUUAGGUGAAAUUGUUCAAAUAGUGAGCAGCAGUAGCGUUCCGACCCACACAGAUCCCGAUACGGAGAACGAACCUGAGGCCGAGGCAGAGGUUGAUCAAAUAGUUGAUCAAGUGACCGAAACGGAAACAGGCGAACUUCAAGCAAUCGACAAUGAAGCUAUUCCUGCAAAUUCUAUCGAAGCAGAAGAAGCAGACGAGGAUGAGGGCAAACUAGAAAUAGACCUAGAGCCAAAGUUGGAUGACUCCUUCUCGAAUACCUCCAUUAAGACAGGCGAGCUACACUUGGAGGAUAGUAGUGACGAACCUGACGAUGUCUCGCUUACAACAGCCAUUAAAACUGUCUCCAAAAUUGAAAUGAACACCGAAAGCAUAGUGGUGAAUGGCGUGAAGACCGACUCUUAUGGUGUCGACGAGAAAUUAUUAAAAAGUCCAAUUGAGACAGAGAAUCCGCCGUCAGAAAAACAAGAAGUGCAUUUAAAGGCAGACCACGAUGACUCCAAUCUGGAAGAAUUCGACACCAUCGAGAGUGAGAUAAUAAGAGAGUUAGUAAAGGAGGGUGUGGUGGAUGCGAAAGGUAAUGCGCUCAGUACGAUACGUCAGGAGAUUGAACAAAAGAGUGUACCAGCCGAUGUGGAGGUGGAGCCAGCGGGCGAAGAGGAAACGCUCGAGGAAGCUCCGAGCAAUGUGAGUGUUGUGGUCGACAUGGAAAGAAGUGCCGUGGAGAAUACGACUGAAAUUCCGGUCGUCGAAACAAAUUUGGAAAUGGAUGUGGAACAUUUGACCAAAUUUGAGGCCCCGCUGGACAAGAGCAACAAUGCUGAUCUGCUAAAUAAGGAUGCCAAGGAGGUGCUUGCCGAACACAUCAAGACGGAACAAUCAACGGACUGUCCGGAGGAAAACAAAGAAAAUCUAUCGACACCCGCUUCAAGCCAAGAACCCAUGGAAAUUGAACUGCAGGUGGUGGUGAGGGACCCCAAAUUGGGGGACGAUACUGAACACAAAAUCGAAGAUAAGAUGCCCAAGGCAGAGGAUUUUGAAGACCCAGUUGUUGUCGAGAACGACAUUGACAUCAAGAAUGGUUGCAGCAAUGGCUGUGACAAUAAACCAAAGGACGACCUCUCCUCCAUGGACUCAAGCUGCGACGAAAAGCAGCGCCUGGAGAAGGAGCGCCAUUUGCAGAAUCUCGGCCUGCUCACCCACCAGGCUGCCGAGCAACUGCGUCAAGGAUACAUCCAGGAGGCCAGCACUCGUGCCGCCCAACAACAGCAACAACAACACCACCAGCAGCACAGCAGCAAGCGGCAGGCAUCCAAGGGAAGUAGCAGUGCGACACAUGUCGAAUCUAGCGGCACCCUAAAAACGGUCAUCAAGCUUAAUCGGGGAAGCCACGGUGGGGCCAGCGGCACUGUUGGCGUGCCAACGGGCACGGUUAUCCAUGGGACCAGUUCGAUGAGCAACACCCGCCAAUCAAAAGGCGGAAACAGUGCUGCGGCGCAGGGUGCGCGUCGCCAGUCGCUGAAGAUGACAUUCCAGAAGGGACGGGCGCGCGGUCAUGGGAACGCGGAUCGCUCAACCGAUCAGCAGGGAGCCCAUGGAGAGGACUAUUAUACCAUACAGAAUGAGAAUGAAGGUGCGACAAAGUCCAGAGCUAAUUUACAUUCAGGGAACGUUGCGUCAGCGGCGCAGGGUAGAAAGUCUAUUAACCACACAACCACCAACCACUCACAUAAAACAAUCCUUGAUUCAUCACAUUCGGAGGGGCAUGGUCAGGGGGACCACGGUUAUUACCAGACGGUCAGUAAUGCAGCGACGUGCAGUAAAAAGGACGAGAAGGAGAAAAUCCUCAUACCGGAGAAAGCAUCCUCCUUCAAGUUUCAUCCGGGACGUCUGUGCGAGGAUCAAUGCUAUUAUUGCAGCGGCAAAUUCGGACUUUACGACACACCAUGCCAUGUUGGUCAGAUUAAGUCUGUUGAGCGUCAGCAGAAAAUACUAGCAAAUGAGGAAAAACUGACGGUAGACAAUUGUCUGUGCGACGCCUGUUUCCGACAUGUGGAUAGACGCGCCAAUGCGCCCUCCUACAAGAAGCGUUUGUCGGCGCCCGGUCAUUUGGAGACGGGCAGCGGAGACAAACAUUAUCCGGCCAGUGGUGUGGGCGGCACAGCUGCCGUCAGCGAUGGAACUGUGUGCCCUAACGAGGAAGAAUUCGGUGCAAAUACGGCGCCGGCUAUUCAGCGGUGUUGCACCGUUAAAGACUGCGCCGAACCCGCCGCCCAUUCAUUGCGUCGAAAGUGCAUUAAAAAGAGUGUGAAGCGGUACCUUUUGGGCUUCGAGAUUCCAUCGGGCACGUCGAAUGUGUGGCUCUGUUCAACGCACUACAACACAGUAAUUCAGUACUCGGGCUGUGUGCUAUGCAAGCGGCGUCUCGGCAAGAACCACAUGUACCACAUAACAUCUGACACACACCGACUGGAGAAGGCGUUGUACGAGAUGGGCAUUCCUGUGCAGCUUGGCAUUGGCACGGCCGUUUGCAAGCUGUGUCGUUACUUUGCCAAUCUGCUUAUGAAGCCGCCCGACAGCACAAAGUCGGCGAAAACCGACUUCGUCAAAAACUAUCGCAAGAAGCUUCUUAAAUUCCACAACAUACAGGACGACAGUAAUGAGGCCUCUGAAGUCGAAGAGGAGGAACACCCGGCGGAAUCAGCCAAUGAGGAGAUGCCUGCAGCCACAGUCUCAGCCUCGGUGACAGCCGCUAGUGAGGAUGCUGAAAUGGUUGUCGACUACGAUGGGCCCACAGACUCAAAUUCGUCAAACUCAUCGUCGAUUACACCGCUUGGCAAUUCGGCCAGUAGCAGCAGCAAACAAAUAUCGAAGCUGCAAGCCAUCCUGCAGCAGAAUUUGGGCAACAGUGCUGGCGGUAGUGGCACUUCCGAAACAAGUGGCUCAGGCUCGGGCUCGGGCUCUGGUUCCUCUUCCUCAAAUUCAAAUGCCAAUACGAAUGUUGGUGGAAAGGGUAAGGCGAGUGCCGAUAUAUCGAAUGUGUUGCGCAGCAAUCCGAACAUAUCGAUGCGCGAACUAUUUCAUGGCGAGGAGGACUUGGGCGUGCAUUUCAAGGUGCCCUUUGGCAGCAGCAAUAGCCAGCGCACACCCGAGGGCUGGACGCGUGUGCAGACUUUCCUGCAAUACGAUGAGCCGACACGACGGCUCUGGGAGGAGCUACAGAAGCCGUACGGCAACCAAAGCAGCUUCCUGCGCCAUCUCAUUCUCUUGGAAAAGUAUUAUCGCAAUGGUGAUUUGGUGCUAGCACCUCACGCCUCGCCCAAUGCCACAGUCUAUACGGAGACGGUGCGUCAGCGUCUUAAUUCCUUCGAUCACGGUCACUGUGGCGGUCUCGUAACAGCCAAGCCCCCUGCCUCGCAUCCUCCAGCAGCCACCACCAGCAACAGCGGUAGCGGUAACAGUGUGCUGGCAUCGGCACUUACUGCUUCACCGCCGGUCAAUGUCAGCGCUGCUGAGACACAGGAUCUGACUGCGGAGCCGACGAUUCCUUUAGUGGAGUUGAACGACGAUGAUGACGACGAGGAGGACAGUCGCUAUGCUAACGAGUCGCCGCCCAAACUCUUCACCAAUGCCUCCGUCGACAAACUAACGAAGCAGCUGAGCUCCAAUGCUGUUACCAUUACUGCGCGUCCAAAGGAAUCAGCGGCUAACAAGCCAGUGCCGACCACGGCGGAGGAGUCCACGCCGAAAACGAGCCAAAGCGGUACUAAGGAUGUCGCUGUAAUUGUUCCUUUUAAUGCACAGACUGGCGGCGCAUUGCCCUUAGCCUCAUCCGCAUCAGCAGCUGCAACGCCCGCCAACAGUCGCAGCAUCUUAAAGGCAAACUUGCUGGGCACGAACAAAUCUGUUGAGAUUGUACCGCUGAGCAAUAGUGGUGGAGGGGUCGGGAAGACCGCAAAUACCACCAGCACCACAAACACAACCACAAACACAAGCACCAAAACUACCAAUGAGAAGCAGCAGAAAAUUCUGGAGGUGGCCAAAAUGCUGCUCGGCAUGGAUAGCGAAGCGAAUAAACAGCCAAAGGCCGUCUCAGGAACGAACCAAACGCCAGCAACGAUCUCGCAGCACCAGUCGGCAAAGCCGCCCAGUGCCCCCCUUUUAACCUCGCCACCGGAACUGAUUAGCCUGCAACGCCGACGCACUAGCAACGCUAGCGGCAGCGGCACUGGAGCGGGCUCUACUCUACAGGGCAGCAAUGUCACCGCCAAGCGGCUGCAGUUGCCGCGCGUUGGCGCUCACCCAACUGGGUCAACGACAGCACGUGUCACAGGAGGAGCACCGCCCCCGCCGCCUAAUGUCAUCAUACUGCCCGAUACGCUGACCCUACAGGAGCGGCACGAGAGCAAGAGCUGGAAGCCAACACUCAUACCGCUCGAGGAUCAGCACAAGGUGCCCAAUAAAUCGCCCGCCCUCUACCAGACGGCCGACGGCCGUCGCCUGCCCGCUCUCGUCCAAGUACAGUCCGGCGGCAAGCCAUACCUCAUAUCCAUCUUCGACUACAACCGCAUGUGCAUCCUGCGUCGUGAGAAGCUGCGAGACCAAAUGCUAAAAGCAAACGCCAAAUCCAAACCGGGCCAGAAUCCAACCAACCAGCAGGGAGCGCUCUCAGCAAACAGCUUAGCAGCUGCCGGGUUCUCCAACAUGUAUAAGUACGCCCAACAAACGGCACGUCAGCAGCUCCAACAGUUACAACAACACAAACAGCAACAGCAGCACCACCAUCACCAACAACAACAGCAACAACAGCAACAGCAACAACAGCAUCAGUUGCCACCUUUGCAGGGUGGUUUGCGACUCGCACGUCUGGCGGCAAAACCAAUACCGCCACUCUCCAAUCAACAGCAGCUAAGCGGCGGCAACGCCUCUAGUGGAGGAGGUGGUGGCACCUAUCCACCCUUGCUGACCAGUGCGCUAAAUAUUGCGACAGCUGCCAACAGUGGUACUCUGGAGAGCAACAGCUCGUGGCUGUGGAAGAAUUUUCCCGAUUCCAAUCAAUAUUUGCUGAAUGGCAAUGGCCAGCAGUCGAAUAAGAUGCCACAUUUGGCGGCAGGGAAGCCAGCAACAGCCACAACCACCAGCAGCAGCUCAACAAGCGGAACACUCAAGUCGGUCAGUGGUACUGGUGGAGGUGUCUCCACCCUGACCCUUAAACAACAGCAGCAGCAACAGAAGCUCAUUGAGAGCGCAAUCAUGUCGAAAAUACCCAAAAGCCUCACAGUCAUACCUCAGCAGAUGGGCGCGGAUGGUUCGGGUGGUUGUGGUGUUGGUGGCAACCACCACUCCAGCGGCGGUGGUGGAGGAACUAGGGAGUGAUGAUUGCAUUUCUUUGGGAUUCUACUUUCCUUCUCAACUCAAUUGCUCUCGUCGCGUCUCGCCCGAACAUGACAGGAGGAGCACGACCACAACCAUAACCACAUCCACACAUUUAAGUUUAAGCGAAUCAGGAUUUAGAAAGCAAUAUAUAUAAUGAUUGCGGGGACUCAGAAGUAUCUGCCAGUAGUAGCAACCAAUAUGGUUCAUAGUCAUGUCCUGCCCCUAAAAUGUUCUGGUUCUCAAUCGAGGAAGUUCAUUUGCAUGGAUCGUUCGUUUGUACCAAUUAGAAGACUAGCAGU